AUGAGUGAAGUCGACGAGCCCAUGACCGGUGUAGACGGCGGUGAAUCCCGUCUGCCCCUUUCCGAGGACGAAACGCGAGUGCUGGAGCUGUAUGACAAGCUCCAGGAGCUGAGGCUUGAAAUCGCCAUAAUCAACGCGCAGCAAGCCGGUAGAAAUUAUGAUGAUGAGAGCAACAUCGCAGAGGCUCAGGAUGCGCUUCUCACAGCAAGAGCUAGAUAUAGGCUACGCAACGAUGCGAUUGAGGAUCUGUUCCCAUACGUGCAGGAACGAGACGAGACGUCCAUAUCCGUAGCCCAGCACGCAGACAGCAUGACAAAGCUCCGCGACGACCUGACCGACGUCCAGGUGCAGAGCAUACGCGUAUGUCGCCAGAACAUGGAGCUCACAAGCGAGCUGUUCGCGCUGGCAGAGCAGGCCAAGCAGAAAAAGGCCGUCCGCGUCGACGACCCCCGAGUCCAGCAGGAGAUUGAGAAAUUGACGAAAGAAGUCAAGACGAGUAGGCAGCGGUGGAGGGUGAUGAAGGGCGUGGCUAGCGGCGUGGUUGCUGGCAGCGGCGUCGACUGGGCAAAGGAUGAGGAUUUGCGCAACAUUGUCCUGGAUCCUGAGGAUGAGGACUAA